AUGGAUAAGAUCUUUGCUCAGAGGUUCAAACUUAUCCGAAAAAUAGGAGCUGGAAGUUUUGGGCAGAUCUACAUCUGUGAUGAUCUCCAAAAUCACACAAAAGUAGCUUUGAAAUUAGAAUCGUCAAAGAAUCAAUCUCCACAGUUACCAUAUGAAGCAAAACUGUAUGGAGUUUUAGAAGGGUGCAGUAGUGUACCUCGCUUGUACUAUUAUGGAAGCGAAGGACAUUAUAACGUCAUGGCUAUCGACUUACUCGAAAAAUCAUUAGAAGACCACUUAAAUGAUGGCAAAAACAAAUUUUCUCUUAAAACAACUUUAAUGCUUGCAGAUCAAAUGAUAUCGGCUGUUGAAUUUAUUCAUAACAAAAAUUAUAUUCAUCGUGAUAUAAAACCAGACAAUUUCGUAAUGGGAACAGGCAAGAAUUCCAACAAAGUUUAUGUUAUCGAUUUUGGUUUAUCAAAAAGAUAUCGCGAUCAAUUCACUCAUCAACAUAUUCCGUGGAUUGAUGGAAAAUCCUUAACAGGAACAGCAAGAUAUGCAUCUGUGAAUGCUCUUCGAGGUGUUGAACAGUCUCGCCGUGAUGAUAUGGAGGCUUUAGGCUACGUUUGGAUUUAUUUGAUGCGUGGAUCAUUACCAUGGAUGGGAUUGAAGGCUAAAGAUCAGCGUCAAAAGUAUGAAAAAAUAUGCGAUGUUAAAGCAAGAACUCCAAUUGAAGAGUUAUGUCGAGGUUUCCCAGAAGAAUUUGUUACUUACUUCAAAGAAAUUAAGAAAUUGCACUUUACAGAUACUCCUAAUUACGCUCUUUAUAAGCAAAUGUUUCGUUCUCUAUUUUUACGCAUGGGAUUUACUUAUGAUGGCGUUUACGACUGGACAAUACAGAAAGAAAGGCUCAGCUCAAGCAAGUCAUCAAAUUCUUCAUUCAAACUUCUCAUGCAAGAGACAAGAAAUACUCUUAUUAAAAAUGAAUCCCAACCUUUUUAUCCUCCUGUUCAAAGACAGAAAGAAUUACAAGUUCCAUACAUUUCAAAGAUGAACCAAGACUUAGUUCCAGAUAGAAAUCCAUCUGCACGAAGAAUUCCAAAGAAAUCUUCAGAUAAAGAAGAAGUUCGUCGCGUAGAAGCGACAAUGCUCAGGCCAAUUACAGUUCGCAAACAAAACAUUCAAGAUACAACCUUGAACUACAAUUCUCGUGUAGAAACUCAAGUUCGCCUCGAAAAUCCACAAAUUGAAGCGAAUCCAACAAAUAAACCUGAAAAAUUAUAUUAUGGGCCGCCUCGUGUGUUGAGAAGAACGCAGCUGCCUCGAUGGAUGGGAGAUUUUACUCCUAAUGUUUCUCGUGUUAGAUUGUAA